AUGAAAUCUGCAUUGAAUGCUGGUCUCGUGGCCACUGUUUGGCUCCUACAGCAGGCUGUUGCGACGGGCUGGGGCGAUUCGCCAACCUUUUCCAGCGUUUCUAAUACUAACAACAAUUGCUCGGUUGACCAGCAGAGUGGGUUUGACUGGUCUGGGCUGCCGACUGGGUCAUUCAAUAACUAUGGAGGAUUCGGCUUCAGUGGCUUUUCCUGCCAGAACUCCUUCCAGCCCAAUUCAAAGAAAAGAUCGCUUCGCAUCCGUGAUGACUUUCAGUCUAAAUGCAUCCAAGGCAAAGUGAGCAAGUCUUCCAACAGUGGCCCGAAGUUCUCUUGCGGCCAGGAUGACCAGUUCUCCAUCACGCACAUGCAAGUUUCUGUUUCCUUUGACACCGAUCUGGACUUUAUCUUCUCCAUGCCCGAUGGCUCCACCUGCAAACACACUGCGUCUUGCAGCGCAAGCGGCACCACCGUGGAGAACACGCAGUGCGGUGGAGCGAAAUCCGUGUCGUUCCAGAUGCCUCCGAGUAGCAAUGGCAACGGUUGCGAUAUCGGGAUUCACUCGAUUGGCUUUGACUGCAGCUCCUCGUCACCUCCUCCCUCGUCUUCUUCGACGACGACAGCUCCAGCCACUUCGACCACCAGCACGCCUGUGACCACAACUACAACUUCGCCAGUCGAAACCACCACAACUACGUCAAAGGUCGAUACGACAACCACGACUACUUCGGGUGAACAGACUACCACGAGUACUACAUCACUUGCGGGUUCAACCACAACCACGCCUGAGCAAACUCCAAGCACUACCACUCCCUCCACCGAACAAACUCCAAGCACUACCACUCCCUCCACCGAACAAACUUCGAGUUCUUCUCUUACAUCUACGACCACACCCCAAGAGACUCCAGGUACCACCACAACUACACCUUCUGCUGGUCAGACCACAAGCCCUUCAACCUCACCGAGUCAGCAGUCUACUAGCAGCUCAGAUUUUGUCACUACAACCACGGCUGACACGACAAGCUCGACCGAGACUGCGACCGACGUGAUCACGACGGAAAUUGUGGUGACGACACUUACCACUUGUCCUGUAACCAACACCCGCACGAGUGGCACCGAGACUGUGACUGAGACGACCAACACCAUCUCAACAAUCACAAUCACCUCAACCUCGACGGUCUGUACCCGUUGCAACAGGCCUCCACCCUCGACACUCUCUACUGCUACACUUCCCCCUGUCACUACAAAAACACCUCCAACAUCUCCACCUGCGUCGCCUCCGCCAUCGUCCUCCCCGACCACACCAGCUCAAACCCCGCCACCCUCAUCAUCUGCUACGACUCCACCAUCUGAGUCAUCAACGCCGUCACAGCCUGUCUCCACACCCACCUCAUCCCCAGCCUCGUCACCACCAGCUGCACCUCCGGCACAGCCAACAUCCCCCUGCCCCUCGGUACUGCCCUCCUGCAUGAACACGUGGCUUUCGCUUGUGCCCAAAUGCGCCUCGAACUCGGACACGACAUGCUUCUGCCCUUCGCAGCAGUUCAUCAAUUCCGUCCAACAGUGUGUCUCUGCGUGGGGGGCGUCGAAUGACGAGAUUACUGCAGCGUUGUCAUACCUGGCCGGGAUUUGCGCCGAUUUUGUCCCGCAAAAUCCGGGCAUCUGCACUGGUGUACCGAGCACCAUCACGCUUGUGGCUACGCCUGCGCCUACUGUGUCGGUGACAGAUACAGUAGGAACGCAGGUGCAGACGGUGACCAACACUGGCACGGUCACCAAUGGCAACGGCCGUGGACCGCGACCUCCUGCCUCUGGGUCAGGUGUCUCUGCUCCAUCUCCGACCCCGUCGGUCGCCUUCCCUGUCACCACCGUGACGUUCACACGCACUUCUUCGGGGAGUACCAUUACCACCGCGGUUACAGUCCCACAGGUCACCUUUGUCACUGUCCAACCUACCGGGUCUGCUGAUUCCCCUGCAGGCGGCAAUAGCGGUAACAGGGAAGUUGGCUUGGUACCUAUGCCCACUGCUCCUCUUGCGGGUGGUUCCGGAUUUGGAUCUGCCUCUGGGUCUGGGAACGGAGGGGCAGAAGCUGCGGCCACAGCCACGAGCUUCGUGCCUGGGCCUACGGGCUCGAGCACUGGCGCGGGGACACCCUCGGUCACCCCGGACAUCUUCACCGGGGCUGCAACCAGGCAGAGCGUUGCUUGGGGCGUUCUUGCGGGGGUAUUGGGUCUUGUUGCCUUUUUGGUGUGA